GAAAAACCAGUUGAAGGGGAGGAAUCGUCGCCUCCUCAACAAAAUGUUGAUACAUCUACUCCUCCUUCGAGCCCCCGUGCCCCUUCACCAAAAAGGGCACGGGUUGAAAAGAUUGUUGAUCCUGCCCCUCAGUUGGGCAGUUCGUCGACUCUGCUCUUAGAUGAUCCAAUGAUCAAAGAGCUUCUUCGGAUCGGGUCCCAAUUUGUUGGGUACCGUGAAUAUGCCGCCAGAGCCGAAGAAAAACUUUCAGAGGCCAACGAACGUGUCGACGCACUUGCUCAAAAACUCGAGCAAAGUGAGGCGGCUCGCAAGAAAGCUGAACUUGCUGCUAGUGAAGCCAAGGCCGAGGCUGAUGAAGCCAAGGUGAAAGCUGCUAGUGUUGAAGCGUUGCAGAAAAGUCUCACAGAUGCUGAAUCUGCCUUGAAUGAGCAGAAAACUGCACAAGCUGCACGUGAGCAAGAUAUCAUCAAGCGCUUGAAGUCGCAAAGUCGACGUACGCUAAGACCCUCUUCUUGA